UGAAAAAUAAAUGUCACAGAGUUUGAAUCAAUCGUGGAUCCAUACACAAUACGGUGUAUGCCAAGAUCAAUAUUUACAUUGCUUUGUUUUGUGCUAUAGUGGUAUCAUGAGGCCUGGCCUGAACGCAAUCCUCGGGCCGACUGGAAGCGGGAAGUCAUCUUUUUUGGAUAUUCUCGCUGCAAGGAAGGAUCCCUCCGGCCUCUCGGGUGAAGUUUUAAUUGACGGAGCACCGCAACCACCCAACUUCAAAUGUCUGUCAGGCUACGUGGUCCAGGAGGACGUGGUCAUGGGCACGCUAACAGUGAGGGAGAAUCUCCGUUUCUCAGCAGCGUUGCGUCUACCCGUGCACGUGUCCGAGCGGGAAAAAGAGGCCCGCGUCAAUCACCUCGUCGCAGAACUUGGUCUCGCCAAGGUGGCCGACUGCAAGGUCGGCACACAGAUGACUCGUGGCAUCUCGGGAGGCGAAAAGAAGCGGACCAACAUGGGUAUGGAGCUGAUCAUUGACCCUCCCGUGCUCUUCUUGGAUGAGCCGACCACGGGCCUGGACGCCAGCACAGCUAACUCUGUCCUGCUGUUGCUCAGGAGGAUGGCCAAUCAAGGGAGAACCAUCAUCAUGUCCAUCCACCAGCCUCGCUACUCCAUCUACAGGCUCUUUGACUCGCUAACCUUGCUGGUUGGAGGCAAGAUGGUGUACCACGGACCGGCACCAAACGCAUUGGACUAUUUCGCAAACAUCGGAUUUUCCUGCGAGCCCCACAACAACCCAGCCGACUUUUUUCUGGACGUGAUCCAUGGAGACUUCACCGUCACCAGCAUGUCCAAAGUCGGCCUUUCUGAAGGGUUAGAUUUGGACUUGGAGGAGCUGAGCAGCUCCAGGCAGAGCAUGGAGGAGCGCCUGGUGGAGGAAUACAAGAACAGUAGCUACUGCAGCGACACGCUGGCCCUGCUGCAGCGCAUCGCUCUGGACAAGCGGCACUCGCCGCCGCCGACCUCCCGCACCGUCACCUAUAACAGCUCCUUUGGCCACCAGAUGCGUUGGGUGCUGCGCAGAACCUUUCAGAACCUCCUGCUGAACCCACAGACAUCUGUGGCACAGGUGGGGGUGCACAUUUUCUUGGCUCUCAUCGUUGGAGCCAUUUUCUUCAGGGUCAAAGACGACCAGAGUGGCAUCCAGAACAGGAUGGGGGCGCUCUUCUUCAUCACAACCAACCAAUGUUUCAGCACAGUGUCGGCGGCCGAGCUCUUCAUCGCCGAGCGGAAGCUCUUCGCACACGAGUACAUCAGCGGCUACUACAGAGUGUCCGUCUACUUCCUGUCCAAGGUGCUGUCCGACGUGGCCCUCCGCACCGUCACCUCCGUUAUCUUCAGCUGCGGCGUAUACUUCAUGAUUGGGCUGAAGUGCACUUUGUGCGCCUUCUCCGUGUUCACGCUGACGGUGACGCUGGUGGCGUACACGGCCACUGCCAUGACCAUGGCCAUCUCGGCGGACCAGACGGUGGUGGCGCUCGCCAACAUCUUCAUGACCAUCACUUUCGUUUUCAUGAUGAUCUUCUCGGGUCUUCUGGUGAACCUUCCAAGCAUCAUGCACUGGCUGGCCUGGCUCAAGUACUUGAGUAUUCCUCGCUACGGCCUCGCGGCCCUGAAGAUCAACGAGUUUGUGGGGUUAAAAUUCUGCCAGAACACCAACAUGUCCGCGGCCGUGACCGCCUGCAACUACAGCGCGGGGCCCGCCGUCGGACUGACAUGUACAGGGGAGCAGUAUCUGGACUAUCUGGGGAUCCGGUAUAACACGUGGGGCUUGUGGGAGAACCACGUGGCGUUAGCCGUCAUGCUCGUUGCCUUCCUGUUCAUUUCCUACCUGAAACUUCGCUACAUUAAGAAGUUCACUUAAAAGAA